UUACACAGUACAACCCCGCUCACCUCCUCCAGUGACAGCCAUGGCUGGGGAAAUAGUCUAUGCUGAUUUAAACAUCCCUGGAGAUCCUUCCUCCAGAGGCAAAGUAGCUCCAUCUCAGCAUCACGAUCACCCGAGGUGCCCGCGCUGGCAUCGGCUGGCUCUGGGCCUCACCUUGGCUGGGAACGUCGUGCUGCUGGGAGUUGUGACGGCGCUGGCUGUUUGCGGUUCCCUGAACCCAUCAUUGACCGGAGCCGUCCCCAAAACGAUGGAGAACAAAACCUCAGCUCAGCCCAGUCCUAAAGGAAGAGGAUGCAGCGACUUGGAUGAGUUCCGCUCUCACCUGCGGCAACAUUUGUGUUAUACACAAAACAACAAGCCAGCAGAGGGUUCCAGCUGCAAACUCUGCCCCAGGGACUGGCUGCUGCAUGGUGACAAGUGUUACUGGGUUUCCAAAGUGAUUAAAGGCUGGGAGCAGAGCCGUGAGGACUGUUUAAUGAAGCGAGCACAACUGCUAGUGAUCAAUGACUGGGAGGAGAUGGCGUUUGUAGGAAAUAGUACACAAGACCAACGUCAGAUGUGGAUUGGACUUAACAUCACAUCUCCAGGCAAGACGUGGACCUGGCAGGAUGGAUCCCCGGUAAAUCAAACACUGUUCCCAGUUUUCGAUCCUAAAAAAGAGAACAACUGUGCAUCUGUGAAGAAGAACAAGAUCCAUUCUGAUAUCUGCCCAACUGAGUUGAAAUGGAUUUGCCAGAAAGCAGCUGUCCUGGUUUAA